AGAACAACUUACAAAGAAGAAAGAAUCAAACAAAACCCAUAUUAUCCGAAAAAAAUCAUUCAUCGAAUCCGCAUUCAUUUCAAUCGCUCUUCAAUCCUCUCAUUUACGGCUCAAGCUGAAGCAGAUACAUCUCUAGCAGACGAUGAGUAUUCUUAGUGAUUGGUGUCCUAGUAGCUCUGGCCUUGAAUUAGGUUCUUAUUCUGUAGUUAAUGGUUCAAGGAAAAGGAUAAAUUGUGUUAGGUUUUCUGGUUGUUGUGGAAAUGGCGGUUUCGCUUUGAUUCCCUUUAGUUCAAGUGUUUUGAGAUGUGGAUUUUGUUAUGAGAACUCGAAAUUUGAUUGCAAUUUUGAGUUCCGCCAUGGCUGUUCUAAGCUUAGGGUUGCUCGAUUAAUGAAGCCGAAGAGGAAUUCUCUUGGUGUGUGGUUUUUAUCUGCUUGGGCUGUUGAACAACCAACGAUUGAUGGUGAAAUUGUUAGGGUUCAAUCGAAUUCUGGAGAUGAUUUUCCUGAGAAGAGUUUAGAUUGGGAUGAACACGAUCAAGACUCUGUUAAUGGUGAAAAUAGCAGUGGAAGGAGUUUUAAAGAUGAGGAAGGUAUAGAGGGAGAGGGAGAGGGAGAUGUUAAGGUUGAUGUUCGUGCUCUAGCGGGUCGGUUGGAGCUUGCUCGAACUGUAGACGAUGUCGAGGAGGUUCUCAAGGAUGUUGGUGAAUUGCCUCUUCAAGUGUUCUCUUCCUUGAUUAAAGGUUUUGGGAGAGACAAGAGGUUGGGGUGUGCAAUGGCUCUUGUUGAAUGGCUGAAGACAAGGAAGAUCGAAACGAAUGGUCGUAUCGCACCAAACUUGUUCAUAUACAACAGUCUCCUCGGUGCGGUUAAGCAAUCUGGAGAGUUUUCGAAAAUGGAAGAUAUCUUGAAUGAUAUGUCUCAGGAAGGAAUCGUUUCAAAUGUUGUUACGUACAAUACUAUUAUGUCGAUUUACUUGGACCAAGGACUGCCAAUGAAAGCUCUCGACAUUCUUGAAGAGAUGCCGAAGAAAGGCUUAACUCUGUCCCCUGUGUCAUACUCUACGGCCUUACGAGCAUACCGAAGGAUGAAAGAUGGGAACGGUGCUUUAAAGUUCAUGGUUGAGUUGAGAGAAAGAUAUCGUAAUGGUGAGAUAGCGAAAGACGAUAACGUAGAUUGGGACGAUGAGUUCUUAAAGCUCGAAAACUUUACUAGGCGUGUUUGCUACCAAGUAAUGAGGAUUUGGCUUGUGAAGGGUGAUAGCGCAAGCACGAAGGUAUUGCAACUUCUCACGGAAAUGGAUAAAGCAGGACUGUCGCUCGAUCGUGCUGAAGAGGAACGACUUGUUUGGGCUUGCACGUGUGCGGAGCACCAUAACGUAGCAAAAGAAUUGUACUAUAGGAUAAGAGAAAAGAAAUCUGGUAUAAGCUUAUCUGUUUGUAAUCAUGUGAUUUGGUUGAUGGGGAAAGCUAAGAAAUGGUGGGCUGCGUUGGAGAUUUAUGAAGAUUUGUUGGAGAAAGGACCAAAACCGAAUAACCUGUCAUAUGAACUGAUUGUUUCUCACUUCAAUGUUCUUCUCACAGCUGCGAAAAACCGAGGAAUUUGGAGAUGGGGCGUUCGGUUACUCAACAAAAUGGAAGAGAAAGGUCUUAAACCCGGAAUUCGGGAAUGGAAUGCUGUUCUUGUUGCCUGUUCGAAAGCUGCCAAAACUUCCAUGGCUAUCGAAAUUUUUAGGAGAAUGAUCGACCAAGGCGAAAAACCGACUGUCCUUUCUUACGGGGCGUUACUUAGUGCCCUGGAGAAGGGAAAGCUCUAUGAUGAAGCGCGUAGUGUCUGGGAUCAUAUGAUUAAAGUCGGGGUGGCGCCGAACAUCUAUGCCUAUACAACUAUGGCUUCGGUUUUCACUGGCCAAGGGAAGUUCAACAUGGUUGAACUCACUAUCAACGAUAUGGUUGCAUCAGGCAUCGAGCCUACAGUCGUCACGUAUAAUGCGAUAAUCACGGGAUGUGUUCGUAAUGGCAUGAGCAGUGUAGCUUACGAGUGGUUUCACCGCAUGAAAGUUCGAAAUAUCUCUCCGAACGAGGUGAGUUACGAAUUGCUGAUCGAGGCCCUUGCGAAGGACAGUAAACCAAGGCUUGCUUAUGAGUUAUACAUGAAAGCUAAGAGUGAGGGUCUCAAUCUUUCUUCUAAGAUAUAUGAUGCAGUAAUUCAUUCCUCUCAAGUUUAUGGAGCCUCCAUUGAUAUAAGCUUGUUAGGGCCUCGACCACCAGACGAGAACAAGAGUUCAUUGACUAAAAUAAACGUCUUUUGAAGAAUGUUCGUAAAACUGCCGAUGUUCCCGGCGCAAAACGAACGGUUGGAAAGAAAUGAAGUCAGUGAUUGACGAUGUCUCAGUACUCUGAUCUCUUAAUUUGUGCAGGAAGCCUAUGGCUUCUCAUGACGAGUGCAAACGGAGCUCGAAAACGCCAACGUGGCCUAACGGAAUAUCAUCAACAGCUGAUCAAGGAAACAUUUAUGGUAAGUCAACUUAGUAAUUGUGGAUUUAGACACUUUUCUCUGUUGAUGUGUAUGGAAAUUUGAUGGUCAAAAAAGGCUAAAAACACAAGUGAUGCAGAAAGCUAUUCUUUAAUGAAAGUAUAUGAGAAUGUGUAGCUUUUUCUUCUUC